AUGGUGGAGUGCGUGGAUUGCUCGGGCGUCUACAUAGACGAACGGGUUCAGUCGGAAAGAUGGGUACGCAGAACCUCUAUAGAUGCGGCAACGGUUUCCUCAGUGGGCUCGCUCACGCGACCCGAGGAACCCGAGGCUCUUCAGGCCGACUUGGGCCAGCUGCUAGAAGUGUGUAAAAAGAUCUAUCUAUGCAGUAGCCGAGCCUCCUUUGCAAGUAAACUCUCCGAGCUGAGCGACCGUUCGGGGAGCGAGUGCGCUCCAAUAUUCGCCUUCUUUGGCAUCGAUUUUAGCAACGACGAAACGAGUCUGGCUCGCCGAAAAGCCAGCCGAGCCUCUUGGGGCGACAGUGUACCGCCAUCUCCCGGAGCUAUUCAACGCACAUUUACCUUUUCCUCACAAUCAGACGAAGCACCCGGUCUGUCACUUCUGACAGGUGUAUCGUCCGAUAUCCAAGUUCAGGAUGGUCCGAACCUGGUCGUUCCAAUCGCCAUUCUUCGCGAAACCGGCUCCAGCGCGACCGACCCCACGAACGAACCACCAAAUAACCUCACCCUGGAACACAAGCAGAUCGCACGGUGCCUCGAUGCCGGCGCUUUCGAUGUCUUGAUAACUCCGCUGAAUCGCGACCGACUACAGGGGCUUUUGGUCCACGCAUACCGUGCUCAUCGAUCUGCGCAGAAAGAAAUGUCUCGAUUUCUCGCUCGCAAAAAGUUGCGCAAACUUUCGUGGGUGGGCACGAAUGACGAGCAGCCCUAUGCAUACCUGAGAGAAGCAAUGGUGUCGAAACUCAUGAAAGGCAUCUGCAACCCAGAGGAGGAGAUUGUUGACGAAUUUCAAGAACACGAAUUGAAUAUCAACCCGGAUCGCCAUUCUUUUAUAAGGGAGCAGGUGGGAAGCUGGGAAUUUUCGGCUCAUGAGUUUUCAGAAGACGAGCUGGUAUUUGGUGCUUGCCAAAUGCUCCAGCAUGCUUUCACUAUGCCAGGGCUGGAGCACUGGCAACUAACACCGGGUGAACUGCAAACCUUCCUACUUGCCUGUCGCGCCGCUUAUAAUUCCUUCGUCUUGUAUCACAACUUUCGUCACGCGAUUGAUGUGUUGCAAUCUGUAUUUUGCUUCCUCCUUCAUAUCGGUGCCCUGCCUCCUUUCGGGCCUAUUGGUCAAGCUCCGGUCUCCAAAUCCCCUGUCGCCUCUCUUCUUUCGCCUUUUGAUGCGAUGACUCUACUGAUUUCCGCGAUUGGCCACGACGUUGGUCAUCCUGGUGUCAACAACUUCUUCCUUGUCAAGCUCAAUGCUCCCCUGGCACAAUUGUACAAUGACAACUCUGUCUUGGAAGCUUUUCACUGUGCCGCUUUCUCGCAGAUUCUCCGCCGUCACUGGCCUGUUGCAUUCAAAGACAAGCAGCUGCGAAAAUUACUCAUCAGUUCCAUCCUGGCCACUGACAUGGGUGUUCACCAGAAGUUCAUGGAGCGGAUGGGACAAUUGCAAGAAAAAUUCCACGAGAAUCACAAGUCGGUCGAUGGGUGGAAACCACAGGAUAUCGAAUUAUAUAAGACCCUUAUUUGCGGUCUGCUGAUCAAAUGUGCCGAUAUCAGCAAUGUGGCUAGACCCUGGAUGAUUGCAGAGAAAUGGACUCAGAUCCUACAGGAAGAGUUCGCCAACCAAGGCGAGAUGGAAAAGGAGGUUGGCAUGGAAACCGCGCUCUUCGGUGGUCCUCCAGAGCUUGGAAAUAUCUAUAAAUUGGCCACUAGCCAGAUUGGGUUUAUGUCUAUCUUCGCUCUUCCUCUCUUUGAGGGUAUCUCCGAUCUCUUGCCUCAGCUACAAUUCACGGCCGAGCACAUUCAUCGCAAUCAAGCACAGUGGAAGCAGCAUGCCAAUGAUGAACUCCAGAAGCAAGGUCUGCCGAUUGAACACCGGUCAGAAAUUACGAUAUCGCCACGCUCACAGAGUCCUGCUCCGCCGGUUGAUUCUGAUGAUACCGAGAAGGCGCCCGAUGGUGAUAGGGAGGGCUCGUUGAAUGACCCAUUGUCGCCAAAUUCCAACAUCAGUACCGAUUCCGAAAACGGGGCUUACAAUGAAAAUAACAUCGAGCCAGUUGUGUCACCGGAUACCCCCGGUCCUCAGAUCGAGAUUACAGGAACCCCACUGCUGCCCGAAGUGCAAUCAUCCCGGAAAUCUUCCAGCGCUGUGCCGGACCUCUCGUACUUCUCCAUCCCCGGAGCCCCUGAAUCGGCUCGGGGUUCCGUCGCAACUCAAUUCCAAACUCCACUCACCGAUUCCAACCGGCCCCCCGGGGACCCUGCCGUGUUGGCCGCCGUGCUUUAUGCAACCUCGGCUACUAACGGGGGUACCUUCCCGGCGACUACUGAAGAACCCGUUCUAGAAUCUGAGGAUGCAUCCGAAAGGCCGAGCAGCUCUCGCCAUGCACCUUCGCAGGGGUCUCAGCGACACCAUGCACACCACAGUUCAUCCGUCCGAACUUCGGCUCCCUCAACCUCCAACCGCAACAGCUGCACCCGGACGCAAAGUGUCAGUACAUACAGCAACAAUAUGACACCGAUUUCACCUGCGACCAACGCUUCCAGCUUCUUAGCCGUUGAUAGCGGUGAUGAAAAGCGCAUCACGGAUGACAGCGCGCCGCAAAGCGAGAUCGGUGCUCCGGAUGACGCUAGCACCCGGCCAAGCACAUCAUAUGCCUCAGUUGGUGGUGAUCAAGAGAGUAAUUAUAGUCGGGGUCCGGGCUCUAUUUUGGACGUCAGCCACUCAAAGUCGGAGGAUGGCAAUGGCAAUGGCAAUGCCAAAGAGUAUAAACCCGCUGCCAACGGUACUCGAAGCCCCACCCAGUCGACGACUACUGGAGAGAGUGUUAAGAACGAAAACCUGCAAGGCGAUGAUUCUCGCAACGGAAGUUUACGACGCAUUCCGAAGAAGCGGAGCCGACUGCGCCUUGCAUUUUGGAAACGCCGCAAUCACAACCAACAGGAGGUUCACGGCGAGAGUUGA